AUGGAAGGAGAUUCAGUGAAGUUAAUAGGAUUUUGGGGUAGUCCAGCUGUUCUAAGAGUGAAGUGGGCAAUAGCAGUUAAAGGAAUAGAGUGCCAAUAUGUGGAAGAAGAUCUCAGCAACAAGAGUGACAUGCUCCUUAAAUACAACCCUGUCUACGAAAAGGUACCUGUUCUUGUGCACCAGGGUAAGCCCCUUGCUGAAUCACUGCUCAUUCUUGAGUAUAUUUAUGAGACUUGGAAGCAAAAACCUCUUCUUCCACAUUCUCCUUAUGAAAGGGCCCAGGCAAGAUUCUGGUCCAAAUUCGUUGAUGACAAGCUCAGAGAGUUGCAGCACCAUAUUUAG